AUGCGGCCUUGUGUGUUCAGACUGCAGACCCAUCAGUGGUGCUUCCUGCUGUGCAACGUCCUGCUGUUCCACGCCCUGCUGUUUGGGGGCGACGUCGUGGAGCAGUUCCUGCUGCAGUCCUCGCCUGCCGCCUACACCGACCACUCCGUCCUGGAGCUCCGGGAGCGCGCUCGCAAGCUGGACCUGCGCGAGCCCUGGGCCAACACCUCCCAGCUGUACCCAGUCAACCCCGCCCCCUGCCUCCAUCACCAGGAUCUCCUGUUCCUCACUCUCGUCCUCAGCGACCCCGGUGGCGCCGGCCAGAGGGAGGCGGUGCGCAGCUCGUGGGCUAACCAGACGUCGGUGCAGGGCGUGGCCGUACGGACGCUGUUCGUCCUGGGCCCCGCCCCCUCAGAGGCGGAGCAGGAGGCGGUGAAGGAGGAGUCGGGGCGUCACGGCGACGUCGUGCAAUGCGAGGGGGCGUCGUCGUGGAGCAGCCCCUGGCGGGCACGCUGGGAACGGGUCAAGCUCGCUCUGCGCUGGGUACUUGUCUUUUGUCCUCAGGUCCGGUUUGUCGUCCUAGCAGAGGACACCGUGUUCUUAAACAUACCUGCACUGGGGACGUACCUGCUGGACCUCCGCUCCAGCCCUGACGACCUCUACCUGGGCAGGGUUAUCCACCGGGCCACACCCAACAGAAACCCCAGCGGGCCACAUUAUGUCCCCUUCCACGUCUACCCUAACAGGCUCUUCCCAGACUACUGCUCAGGUCCCGCCUUCCUCAUGUCGCAGGACGUGGUCCGGAAAGUGUACGUGGCGUCCGAGGACGUCGCCCUGCCCCUCUCUUCCGACGUGCUGAUUGGCCUGUUCGCCCGACGAGCGGGCGUGGUAGCCACUCACAGCGCUCGGUUCUCGGGCGAGCGGCACGUCCGGUAUAACCCCUGCUGCUACAACUUCCUGUUCAGCUCCGCCGGCAUGGCGGCGGAGCAGCUGGGCGUGGCCUGGAAGGACCUGGGGGAGGGGCGAGGGCGGAGCUGCAGCGUGCUGGAAACGUAUUACAGCCUGGUGGCCUGCAAAACAAUGACUUACCUGGAGAAGCUCAGCUUCGGCGGUAGCAACAGCACGCAAGGCUGA